AUGGCUCCCUUAGACCAGAAGAGACCAGACACCUGGUUGUACCCGCAAAGUCACCAAUUCGCCCACCAACACCAACACACAAUCAAGCCUACCAUUCCGGCACCGCCUACGCCUGCUCUAGCUCUCAUGAACCAGGUGGUCAACCGUAAUUAUAUUAGCGAGGCUACUCGGCAGGUUACACGUCUUUCUGAAGCCAUUGGACAAGAUGAAGUUACGCGAGAGAAGCUGUUGCACGCCUUAAACCUUUCCGGAGGAGAAUGGUGUCAAAAUGCCAUACAACAGAAGCUGAACACAUCGGCCUGGGUUUCCGACGUGAGCAAUGAUCACUCGCCUUUUGAGUAUUCAUUGGCUCUGUCUCAAGAGACUGGAGCAUCUGAGCUGCGAUUCUUGAUCGAGGCUCAGCCCGAAGAAAAUAGCAUAGCCGCCCUCCAAGAAAGUACUUCGCGCUUGACCGACAACAUAGCGACAGAGUACGGCCCCACAAAGGUCGCCCUGGACCGCCUGAACCUCGUCCAGGAUCUGUUUCUCCCCUCAGAUGCUGAAGGUAAUCUAGCCUCAUGGCACAGCUUCGCUACCUCGAAUACACUGGAAAAGUGGAAGAUUUACCUAAAUCCACUAGCCUCCGGGAGGGAAAACGCCUUCAACGUGACCCGAGAGGCUCUGGGGCGCUUGGGGUUAGCCAGAUCGUGGAAGUUAUUGGAGAGCAUCAUGACCAGCGACGACUAUCCCAUCUAUUUCUCUCUCGGCUUGUCGCCGAACCCCGAAGACGCCGAAGUCAAGGUAUACGUUGCACACCGUGGUGCGUCUGCAACACAAAUCGCGGAAAAGCAUGUCAAAAUGGACCCCAAUUCCAGCGUCCACGCUAUCGAGUUGUUCUACUCAAUUAUGGCGGGUGGCUCGCUUGGGCCGUACCGUGGAAAACCUGGGCUGUCCUGUUUCCAUUUCAAGAACGAAGACCCAUCUCGGCCCGCGGCCCGUACGGUUCUCUACCCAAUGGACAGCUACGUAGCAAAUGACGCCGAAGCACAAGAGCGCAUCGAAACAUACAUGGAUGCCAUUUCUGCCCCUCAGCUCUACCGAGAGAGGUAUAGAAAUGCCAUCAGCGCCGUGCAGCGCCGGCCAUUGGAGACUGGUCGCGGCAUCCAUAGCUGGGUGAGUAUGAAGGAGAAGCUGAACGGCAAGCGGUCCAACACGUUCUAUCUCUCAGCCGAACUAUAUGGGUGCCUUGCUGAUCACAGUCCAUCGAAUGGGGGCUACUGA